AUGGAAAAUGUGCCCUAUGCAAGAUUGGUAGGGAGCUUAAUGUAUGCUCAGGUAUGCUCAAGACCUGACAUAUCAUUUGCUGUAAAUAUAUUGUCAAGGUAUCAAGAAAAUCCAGGGCAUGAACACUGGGUUACGGGGAAAAAAGUGUUGAGAUAUUUGAAGAGGACCAAAGAUUAUAUGCUGGUUUACAAGAAGAUUGAAGGUCAAGAAUUUGAGAUAAAAGCAUAUGCAGAUGCAUCAUAUAAAUCUGAUAUGGAUGACUUGAAAUCCACUUCAGGUUACAUUUUUAUUUUAGGUGGAGGAGCAGUCUCAUGGAAAACAGCAAAGCAAAGUUUGACAGCAGCUUCAACAUUCCAAGCAGAAUAUAUAGCAAUCUUUGAGGCAACUGGACAUGCAUUAUGGUUGAAGAAUUUUGUGUCUCAAUUGAAAUUGGUUGAAUCUGUUGAAAGACCUAUGACUAUUUACUGCGAUAAUUCAUCCGCAGUGUUCUUUUCAAAGAACAACAAAAGGUCAUCAGGAUCCAAGAAUAUUGAUGUGAAGUAUUUUGCUGUUAGAGAAAGUGUUAGAGAUGGUGAAAUAGAAGUGAUUAAGAUUGGUACAAAGGAUCAAUUGGCAGAUCCUUUAACAAAAGCUUUGCCAGUGUCCAACUUUGUUGAACAUGUCAAAAAUAUGGGAGUUUUGAAAAGUCUAGAUGUUGAAGUGAACUAA